AUGGAAAAGUCGGGGACCCUGCGGGCGCGCCUGCAGGGGCGCAGCGCGGGCAAACACGCAGCGCACAGGUCUGUGGCGAUCACAAAUCGCAAGGCCUGGGUUGCCGUGGCAGCGGUGGCGGCGGUGGCAGAAGCCGGUCUGGCCUGCCGGCGGGCGCGGAAAACUCCCACAGUCGAGUUCCGCGAGAACCUCGCCGCGGCGGGCGGGUUUGACGUCUCCGCUGUCUAUCCCAACCAGAAGAAGUUCAGCGCCUUCAGGGAGGCCCCGUACUCCAGGGUUUACUCUGUGGAUCCCACAGCUCAGAGCUUGAAUCAGAGCUGGGGCCUCAAUGUGUUUGAUAAACGCAGGACUCUUGGAGAGGACUUGCUCUGUGGGUGGACUCGUGGGUGUGGCUGGCCUCGCUCUGACUGUGCUCUGACUCAGUCCCACAUAGGACCUGGGACCUAUGGUUGCAAGGAGACCUGCUUCAGCAUCAAGAAGUUGAAGAAGGAGGUGGGCACAGGCUGCACCAAGGCCCAGGAAGCCACCUGGCUGACGCAGCUGCCCCACUUCCAGUACCGGGCCAUCCUGAAAGAGAAGCGGCAGCAGAAGGAAGAGCUGGGGCCUGGCUCCUACAACUCCAAAGACUUCUUAGAAGAGUUGCAGGAGAAACCGGGCAGCACCCGGGUUCUGCUCAGCUCCGGGGAGAUUCGCUUCCGAGGACUCAUUGGGAACUACUAUCCAGGCCCUGGAAAUUAUGGGGAGAAGGGCAACCCGUGCACGAAGCUGGAGGAGAGUGCCUGGAACCGGUCUCAUUCCAAGGGCCUCAUGUGCAGGAUGACCAACAAACCGCCCCCCUUGGCUCAUCAGGGGAGCAGUCUGGCACUGGGCACCUACACCUUCAAAAGUGGCAUCGAGGCGUACCUGGCACGAUCCUUGGGCACCCGCGGCCUCUAUGACACUUUCUCGGAUGACCAAAGCAAGCUUCAGCCCUAUGGACAUUACUCUGUGCAGAAAAAAUGGCCCAGGGAACUGAUGAAUUUCAAGAGCUUCGUGAAAGAACUUAACUCAUAUCACAAUAAGAAGCGUGGAGUUUUUUCAAAAGUUCCCCGCAACCCGGAAGCCCCUCCAGAAAGAAUUUAUUGGGCCACACUUAGCCAGUGUCCCCCAAAACUAGCCAUGUCUGGUCCCGGUAUGUGGCUUCCUCCAGAGAAGGAAUGCAAACACAUCAACCAACCACCGUUCCUGCUGUCUCCCAAGCGGAUAGGCAUAAAGGCCUCCCCGAUGAUUCUGGGAACCUGGAACCCCGUGGGUGUGGGUCGCUACCUCAACACCCAGCUGAUGGAGACAAAGGACCAUCGGCAGCGAUACCGGUCCCUGUUCCUGGGUGGAUCCAAGCGCUACCUCUCAGACCCAGCCCGGGACAGGCUCAUGCAGGAAAGAAUCACACCUUUUCCUAGGGGGAAGUGCUCUCCAACUGUGGAUUACAAUUCAGAUCCUAUUCCUUAAAGUCGCACAUGAAGGACAGCCUGCAGUGACCGGAGGACCCAAAGGCCUGAAGACAGAUCUGGGGAUGGGAGGGUAGGAGUGGGAAUGGGGGGUCUUGGAGAAAGGACACAUGGGAAUGCCUGGAAGAGGGGAGAGGUGUGGUGGGAUCACUUUUGCUGGAGAUGUCUACCGGGAGGUCAUGAUGUCUGCUGGGCCAGAUAUCUUUUGAUACGAGAGAUCAAUUAUCCUGAGAUUUGGCUACUGACAUGAACAUGGGAGCCAGACAGCAGAUGGACUAAAGGGGUAGAAUGUGGUUGACACUCUUGGAACCCCUUUUAUUCUAAAGCCAAAGUCCUUGGAUCCCUGAUCAGUAAAACCCGAAGAGAGUUGGGAGAGUGGAGCAUAUGUCCUAAGGUGGCUGUAGGCCCUCUCUGGGAAUACUCCAUCUCCAUCCCAGGAUGCUCCUGGAAGCUCAGCAGGGCCAAAUGCCAUGAGGAGGCUGCUGACCUCCAGGAAUCAUGCAGCCAUUGGGAACAAACAGUUCCACUCCCAAAGUCAGAACUCGUGGGCACACCAGUCUAGCCCAGAGGUGGGUCUGUGCGGGUUGGUCACAAUGUCCUGAGCUUCUGCCCUCACUGUUUUUGGACAGUGAGAGAUUGGGUGGGAUGGCAGGAGUGUGUUGUCUUUAGAAAAGAGGAGACAGACUCACAACCUCAGCCACAAAACUCACAUAAUGAUAAAAAAUACUUCAAACAAUCUUAAGAGCAUGAGUGCCUUACAGAAGUUACUUCGUCACUCAUGUCAAAAUGACUGUUUUGGGAGAAGUAAAACUGAAUUUAUUCACAGGCAUGUUGUCUAUCGAAAAAAAGAUACUACUGAAUCCUCAAAAAGGUUGAUAAGCCAAACUAGGUGCAAGUAGGUCUAAUAAGUCUGCAACGUUUCAGGAAAUAAGAUCAAAUACCCAAAUCAAAUAUUGCUAUACACUAGCAAUAAACAACCAAAAACUGAAAAUGCCAUAUAUAAUAGCAUCAAAACUAUCAAAUACUUAGGUAUAAAUUUGACAAAAGAGGUAUAAGACUUGUACAGUGAAAACUAUAAAAUUUCUCUCUGCUGAGAGAAAUUAAAGAAGACCUAAAUAAAGGGAGAGAUAUACCAUAAUCAUGGAUCAAAAGACUCAAUGUUGUUAAGAUGCCAAUUCCCUCAAAUUCAAUUAUAGAUUCAAUACCAAUCAAAAUCCUAGUAAUUUUUUUUAUUAUUACUUUUUUUAUACAGCAAGUUCUUAUUAGUCAUCAAUUUUAUACCCAUCAGUGUAUACAUGUCAAUCCCAAUCACCCAAUUCAGCACACCACCAUCCCCACCCUCCUGGCGUUAUCCCCCUUUGGUGUCCAUAUGUUUGUUCUCUACAUCUGUGUCUCAACUUCUGCCCUGCAAACUGGUUCAUCUGUACCAUUUUUCUAGGUUCCACAUAUAUGCGUUAAUAUACGAUAUUUGUUUUUCUCUUUCUGACUUACUUCACUCUGUAUGACAGUCUCUAGAUCCAUCCACGUCUCAACAAAUGACUCAAUUUCGUUCCUUUUUAUGGCUGAGUAAUAUUCCAUUGUAUAUAUGUACCACAUCUUCCUUAUCCAUUUGUCUGUCGAUGGGCAUUUAGGUUGCUUCCAUGACCUGGUUAUUGUAAAUAGUGCUGCAACGAACAUUGGGGUGCAUGUGUCUCUUUGAAUUAUGGUUUUCUCUGGGUAUAUGCCCAGUAGUGGGAUUGCUGGGUCAUAUGGUAGUUCUAUUUUUAGUUUUUUAAAGAAGCUCCAUACUGUUCUCCAUAGUGGCUGUAUCAAUUCACAUUCCCACCAACAGUGCAAGAGGGUUCCCUUUUCUCCACACCCUCUCCAGCAUUUGUUGUUUGUAGAUUUUCUGAUGAUGCCCAUUCUAACUGAUGUGAGGUGAUACCUCAUUGUAGUUUUGAUUUGCAUUUCUCUAAUAAAUAGUGAUGUUGAGCAGCUUUUCAUGUUCUUCUUGGCCAUCUGUAUGUCUCCUUUGGAGAAAUGUCUAUUUAGGUCUUCUGCCCAUUUUUGGAUUGGGUUGUUUGUUUCUUUAAUAUUGAACUGCAUGAGCUGUUUAUAUAUUUUGGAGAUAAAUCCUUUGUCCGUUGACUCGUUUGCCGAUACUUUCUCCCAUUCUGAAGGUUGUCUUUUUGUCUUGUUUAUGGUUUCCUUUGCUGUGCAAAAGCGUUUAAGUUUCAUUAGGUCCCAUUUGUUUAUUUUUGUUUUUAUUUCCAUUACUCUAGGAGGUGGAUCAAAAAAGAUCUUGCUGUGAUUUAUGUCAAAGAGUGUUUUUGCUAUGUUUUCCUCUAAGAGUUUUAUAGUGUCCAGUCUUACAUUUAGGUCUUGAAUCCAUUUUGAGUUUAUUUUUGUGUAUGGUGUUAGGGAGUGUUCUAAUUUCAUUCUUUUACAUGUAGCUGUCCAGUUUUUCCAGCACCACUUAUUUAAGAGACUGUCUCUUCUCCACUGUAUAUCUUUGCCUCCUUUGUCAUAGAUUAGUUGACCAUAAGUGCAUGGGUUUAUCUCUGGGCUUUCUAUCUUGUUCCAUUGAUCUAUGUUUCUGCUUUUGUGCCAGUACCAUAUUGUCUUGAUUACUAUAGCUUUGUAGUAUAGUCUGAAGUCAGGGAGUUUGAUUCCUCCAGCUCCGUUUUUUUUCCCUCAAGACUGUUUUGGCUAUUCGGGGUCUUUUGUGUCUCCAUACAAAUUUUAAGGUUUUUGGUUCUAGUUCCAUAAAAAAUGACAUUGGUAAUUUAAUAGGAAUUGCAUUGAAUCUGUAGAUUGCUUUGGGUAGUAGAGUCAUUUCCACAAUAUUGAUUCAUCCAAUCCAAGAACAUGGUUUAUCUCUCCAUCUGUUGGUAUCAUCUUUAAUUUCUUUCAUCAGUGUCUUAUAGUUUUCUGCAUACAGGUCUUUGUCUCCCUAGGUAGGUUUAUUCCUAGGUAUUUUAUUCUUUUCCUUGCAAUGGUAAAUAGAAGUGUUUCCUUAAUUUCUCUUUCAGAUUUUUCAUCAUUAGUGUAUAGGAAUGCAAGAGAUCUCUGUGCAUUAAUUUUGUAUCCUGCAACUUUACCAAAUUCAUUGAUUAGCUCUAGUAGUUUUCUGGUGG